AUGGCCGUGCCCUGGGAGGAAUAUUUCCGACUGGCCUUGCAAGAGAAAAUAUCUUUGAAGAUCCCAGGGCAAAAUGUGGAGCACCUCCCACCAGUGCUGCAUCUCCUGGAGAAGAGGCGGGAGCUGGUGGAUGUGGACCGGAGCCUGCAGGCCCAGAAGGAGGUGUUCCAGACCACGAUGGCAGUGCUGAAACAGCGCUGGGAACAGGUGAAACAGAAGGAGCGGGAGCUAAAGGGAUCUUUUGUCCACUUUGACAAGUUCUUGCAGGACACAGAGGCCCGGCGCAGCCGCGCACUGCAGAGGGCGGCAGAGGAGCGGCGGCGGGCGAGCCGCCAGGAGGCCGAGGCGCUACGGCUCCGGGCCCAGCUGGAGAAGCUGCGGGGGGAGCGCGCGGAGCUGCAGCACCGGCUGCUGCGCCUGGAGCCCUGCGCGCGCCUGCUGGGGCAAGUGCUGGAGCUGCUGCCCGAGUUCCAGAGGGUUCCCGAGCUGGUGGCUCGCUUUGAAGGCCUGGCUGAUAUGCAGGUGGCACUGAGACUCACAGAGCGCCAGCGGCUGGAGGAGCUGGAGGAGGCCCGCGGGCGGCUGCAGCAGCUGCGGGACGCCUGGCAGGACGAGGUGCUUAGGCAGAGCCAGCAGCGAGUGCAGCUGCUGGAGCGCCUGGAGGCUGCGAGGGAGCGCACACUGUGCUGGGAAUCCAAGUGGAUUCAGAUCCAGAACACAGCGGCAGCGAAGACCCUUCUCCUGGGACGCACUAGAAUGGCAGCGCUCAACCUCUUCCAGCUAGUGUGUCAGCACAAGAGGCAGCCACCUGCCCUGGACAUUGAGGACACCGAAGGGCAGCUAGAGCAGGUGAAGCUUUUCAUACUGGACCAGUCCUCCAUGCUGACCAGUUUUCGUCGGGCCCAGUCCAGCCUUGACCCAGGUGAGCAGGGGGGCAGGGGGACCCCUGAAAAGGAGGUAUACAUUUCCUGCAGGGUGUGUGCCGAGUGGUGCCCACCUGAGAUGGGAGGGCCAUGCUCGCUCAGACUGCCGUGCGGAGUACAGGAGGGGCAUAUAGCAAGUGCUAAAUAAGUGUGCACUCGGUGGGGGGGGGGCACCAAUCCCUCAUCUGCCACAUGGCCUAGGACCGGGUCCUCCCACCCAGGGCAGUCAUGGCAUUAAACAAGCUGAUGUGUGUCAAGUGUCUGGAAUGAAGCCUGAUGCAAAUUCUGGUACAUUCUGAGUGUUUGGGAAGUAAAGUAAAAUAGCCAGACUGGCGAGAGGGUCAUACAGCAGGCACUUGCACAAAGCCUCCUCUACUGCGGACUGUUGCAGAUGAUUGGGGGCCUGAAAAUCCAGCUGCUGGAGGCUACCUUUGACUGUCCCAGGACCCCAAACUGGGGCUGGGGGCACAGGGCUUGGAGGGCAGAGGCCGGGACCAAUUCUGACUUCUGGGGGUGUGAUGGAGCCAUGUUAACUAACCGCUUUACAGCCGG